CUCUCUAUUCCCUCCCACCAACAUGGCAUUACUCGUCAAGGCGUUCCUCAUUCUCAGUGCAGCAUUCAGCGCACACACCGCCUUGACUCCACCGACGCCCCCUCCGAAGAAAGAUGAAAUCCGGAAGGACGUCUCCUUAGGGGAGAGAUUCUUUGGUAGAAUCAUCCGGUCAAUCACUGGUCUUAACAAGAACCUGAUUUGGGUCAUGGCGUUAUGCGAGACAGCGGUGAUACUUGCGUGCGAGAAUCCCUCGCACCCUCUCGCGAGGCGUGUUCUAAACCUCCUCAUCUUCGCUCCCGACUCGUCGAUCGACAAGAUCGGGAUCAGCCCUGUCUUCCUGGUCGGUUGGACGUUGGCCAUCUUCAGUGGAUACUUCCGCAUCCAGUGCUUCCGCGCACUCGGCCGCCUGUUCACGUAUGAAAUCACGCUACGCGACAACCAUCAGCUGAUCACCAGCGGGCCAUACUCCAUCGUCCGCCACCCUGCAUAUACGAGCCUCAUGCUCGGAUUCCUCGGUAUCGCGCUCUGCCACGGCAGCAGCGGCUCAUGGUUUAUGGAGUGCGGUCUCUUCAAUACCCUCGGGGGAAAGCUCCUCGGCUACGGUUACUUGGUAUCGAUGGUGUAUGGCUUUGUCAGCAUGACACUGAGGACGCCGCUGGAGGAUGAGCUGCUGAAGAAGGAAUUCGGGGCGCAAUGGGUGCAGUGGUCGCAGAGGGUGCCAUACCGGUUGCUUCCUGGCAUUUACUGAAUAAUGCGGGUCUGUAAUUUACUGGUACAUUCCUAUAGUUGUAGCGAAUACCUGUAAUACCUAUUGAAUGGCCGGCUAUGCGACGGCGGAGUUUGCGGGCUGUCCGCUGUUCCAACUCUACGCGCGAUAGUGUUGUAGGGCCGUGUGGGGGUUCUUGAUCUGCAUAUCUGCUUUACGGAAGGAUUUUUUCCAACUGGAGUAUAACGGGCCCCGGCUGCGCGAUGCGGAGAGUUCUGAGUCGCUUGAUGACUGCUUCGUCUACCGACGAGAUGGUGCAGUGGUACAGUUUAACCACACAAGCUAGAAGCAGGGCCCAGGCAAGAAUAGUAC